CACCAGAAAAAAACAAUAUGAACCCUAACUUCUCUUUCUUUUCCCUUCUACUUUUCUUCAUUUCCUUCCUCGCCAUAACUGCAACCGAUCUCAUCAUCCAAGAAACUUGCAGGAAAUGUGCACGUAAUGAUCCUAAUAUUUACUACAGCUUCUGUGUGGCCUCCCUUCAAGCAUCUCCUGAUGCCCAUAGCGCUAAUCUUCGCCAACUUGGCAUCAUCUCCCUCAAGCUAACUCGCGUCAACGUGACUGACACCAGGCACUACAUUAAGGAGCUCUUGAAGAACAAAAGAUUGGAUCCCAACUUCAGGGCUUGCUUAAAUGACUGCCUAGAUCUUUAUUCAGAUGCCAACUCCACUCUGAAACAAGCCAUCAAAGACUACAAGUCUAACCACUAUGAAGAUGCCAAUAUUGCAGUGAGUUCAGUUACCGAUGCCUCCACGACUUGUGAAGAUGGAUUCAAAGAAAUGGGUAUAGUCUCACCAUUAACGGGGAGAAAUAACAAUACGUUCGAGUUGUCUGCUAUAGCACUUUCGAUCAUCAAUAUGCUCCAUUGAUUUCCUAUUGUUCCCAUUAUUUGUCCUGUUUGGUUUUUCUUCGUUAAUGGUUAUACGUCAGUUUAAUUCUAUGAACUUGGUUAGGUUCAUCAUCAAUUCAUGACUGCCUAAUUAUUAAUUCGAUGACAAUAUAAUGUUCAG